CAAACACAGACGUAAACAAAGCCACGGAUGUCACGUUUACGGAAGUUUUUUUUUUGUGAGUUCUUGUCUUCUCAUUUAUUUAAGUCUUUCAGGUAUUGAUGGCUACGUCAGGAGGUUUGAUUCUGGAAUGAGUAUAUGGACAGGUAUCCAUACCAGCAUCGCCAAGCAGCGGUCACGGAAGAACCUUAUUCUAAAAUGGCCAAACUCAAAUAGUAUGGAUAUAAAGAAGAGGCAUACUUUAAAGUGAAUAUUUGAGGACUUCAUAAAGUGACUAAUCCCUUUUCAGUUGAUACUUACAGUGCUAUCAUGAGUGAAAUAUGUUUAUUUAUGACAUAGAAUCAGUUGAGAAAACAGCAUGAAAAACAUUGAUAUGGAGCAACAGUCCUUGAGAAACUAAAUAGUAAAAAACUAAAAAAUGAGAAAAAGGAAAAAAAUAUAAUUGCACAAGUAUAAUGUGCUUUAUUUUUAGUUCUCACAGUAAAUUAAUGUUCUGUUAACCUACCAAAAGUAUUUAAUAAAUUGCCAAGUCAUAAUGGAUCCACAGUCUCAGUUUAGCCUGUCUCAUAUACUUGGUCAAGCUGUGGAUGUUACCAGUUACAGUACGUUCCAACAUCAGCUUCAUGGCUAUGGAAAUAUCAAUACUAUCAGUAACAUAGCCAACAUAAGUAACUCAACAGUCACAUCAACUGGCCAUCCUGUAAGUAUACAGGACAUGGUGCCAACAGGCCAAGUAGGAGGUUCUGGCAUGGUAACCAUGGGAUAUGCACAUCAUCCACAGCCAGCAGCACCAUUACAGUCAUACCAUGCAGUGUUCAACAAUGUGGGUGUUGCUCAUGUGAAUCAGGUCCAGGCACCACAAGUACAAUACUUCUCAUACGAAAGUUCAACUGUUGCUGUACGGACCCCUCCACUUCAUGCUUCCCAACACCCACAAGUAACUGCUCAGACAGCAAACAUUCAGGGGCAGAGAUAUGGAAGCUGUAGCCUGCCAGUUCAAGUGGUGACAUCAAGUGUACCUGUUAGUAAUAAGUUCACAAUCUCAAAACCAAGAACAAAUGAUAGUUCAUCUUCAAAAAUAAGAGAAAAUGAUGGUUUGAAAAAGAGGAAACUAAGGAAGGAGGGAAUGAGUGCCAAAGUUGCCCGAAAGUCUUGCAGGAAUCGAGGAGAAUCUUACAUUAAUGCUGCAGGAAAACUCGUAGAAGCUAAGAAAUAUGUGGAUAAGGAUUGUGAGUGUAAGAAUAAGUGCCUCUCCAAACUUGGUAGUGUGACAGACAGAGAAAAUAUAUUUAGAAGCUUUUGGGACAUUGGUGAUUUUAGUAAACAAAAUACGUAUCUUGCUGAAAAUGUAAUACUUGUACCCAAUGUCAAGAAAAAACAGACACAACCAUUGGAAGAGAAAAAUUCAAAAACAGUAUCAAGACUUUAUUGUGUUCGUUUACCAAACUGCAGCAAACAGACACGUAUAUGCAAGACAAUGUUCCUGCGUCUCCAUGGGGUCUCCAAUGGCAGACUGGACCGCAUUCUUCAGGCUGUGAAUUGUCAAAUGCCUGAUGCUUUACAGGACAAGAGGGGUCAGCACACACCAAGCAACAAGACUUCCCAGGAGGAUUGCGACCUUGUGACUCAGCACAUCUGGUCAGUGAGGUACAGUCGAGAGGAGGGAGGAGAAAACCCCAUCCACAGCAUUGGUGAUCUCGGUGAAACAGGGGGAAAGGACUUGUCUGUCAAAAAGAUGUAUGAAAUGUAUAAAAGAUGGUGCGAGGAAAGGGGGAAAGUGCCAGUGAGUCUGUGGGUGUAUCGACACAUUGAAAAAUCUUGGACCGGCAAAAAGAGUGCGUCAGCUAGAAAUCCACCUGUGGCUGAAGUUCAGGAAGUUCAACCCACUUCAGCUCCCAGUGCUCUGAAUGAUCUCUCUGAGCAGACUAGAGAACAAGUGCCAGUGGAAGAUCAGAGAUUACCUGAACCCAAUAGGAAAAAGAAAAGUGGAGAACAAGUGGGCUCUAUGACGAGGCUGGAGAGAAAAUUCAAGAGGAAUAGUGGUGCAGCUUAUUACACUGCAGCAGGGAAGUUGAAAGAAGAAAAACAUUAUGUGGAUAAACACUGUGGUUGCAAGUAUCGCUGUAUACCAGAGAUAGGCUCUGAGGACUCUCGUAGGCAGGUCUUCAUGAACUUUUGGAAAUUUGGAAACUUUACAAAGCAAAAUGAGUAUAUUGCACAGAAGGUUGUGUUAGUACCUGUCAUGCAAAGAGAGAGAGACAAAGUGCUAGAAAAAUUCACAAGAACUUAUACAAGGAUAUAUAAUGUCCAAAUGAAGCCAGGUGAAAAGCCAGUCAGAGUCUGUAAAACCGCAUUCCUGCAGCUGCACGGGGUUUCCAAUGGCCGAGUGGAUCGCGUGCUACAAGCUGUGGCCUGUGAAUCUCCCUUUGCUUUGAAAGACCGACGAGGAAACCACUCGCCCAAAAACAAGACGAAACAAGAGGACGUAGAUUAUAUCUGUCAGCACAUCAAAGCGUUCCCCAUUGAUCCCCAGAGUAAUGAGGUCAAUAACAGACCCUCCCUUCCGCAGGACCUCAACGUUGAGAAAAUGUAUCGCAUGUACAAACAGCAAUGUAUUCAAGAUAACCGGGCACCUGUCAGUAGCUUUGUGUACAGAAAAAUUUUGAAAGAAAGGUUUAAUUGCUUUAUUAAGAGUCCUGCCAACAAAACACCAGAGGAUGACUUCCAGUUUGUGUGUCAUCAUAUUGAAAGUUGUUCAAGAAAUAUGACAGAUGCUGGACAGAUGAGUACUAAGCAGUCAGACAAGAAUAGUGAUGCACAAGAAAUUAGCGUGAGGAAAAUUCACAGUGAUUAUGUGUUGCGGUGCACUGAAGAAGGAAGGAAGCCUGUAGGUAUUGAUGUGUACAGGAAGAUAUUUAAUUCCAAGGUCCUGGAACAGCACGACAUUCGGACGUCUUGAAAGAUAUUAUGUUAUAUCUGAAUUUAUGAAAAUGAUCUCGGUGCAGGAUAAAGAGUAGUGAAGUUUAUUUGCUUUUGCUAAGUGAUGUAUUGUCUGUAAAUACAACUAGAACCUUCAUGAUUCUG